GCGCGGAGGAGGGCGGGACUUCCGGCGCUGCGGGACCAGCUGGCUGACGGGCCGAGAGAGGGGUUUGUUAUGGAUUCUGCCUGAGGCGCUGGUGGGCCGUUCCUGGCUGUCAGGAAUUUAAUUAAAAUGCUGCUGUCAAUUGGAAUGUUAAUGUUGUCUGCCACUCAGAUUUAUACCAUCCUCACAGUUCAGCUAUUUGUUUUCUUAAACCUGUUGCCUGUGGAGGCAGACAUCUUAGCGUUUAAUUUUGAAAAUGCAACACAGACAUUUGAUGACCUGCCAGCAAGGUUUGGCUAUAGACUACCAACAGAAGGCUUGAAGGGGUUUCUAAUAAGUUCAAAACCUGAGAAUGCAUGUGAGCCUAUAACUCCUCCACCUCUGAAGGACAACUCCUCCCAUGAAUUUAUUGUAUUAAUCAGAAGACUUGAUUGCAAUUUUGACAUAAAGGUUUUGAAUGCGCAAGUAGCUGGCUAUAAGGCAGCCAUAGUUCACAAUGUUGAUUCUGAUGAACUCAUUAGCAUGGGAUCUCAAGACAUUGAUGUUUUAAAGAAGAUUGACAUUCCAUCUGUAUUUAUUGGUGAAUCAUCAGCUAAGUCUUUAAAAGAAGAAUUCACCUAUGAGAAGGGGGGCCAUAUUGUAUUAAUCCCAGAGUUUAGCCUCCCUUUGGAGUACUAUCUAAUCCCAUUCUUAAUUAUUGUGGGAAUCUGUCUCAUCCUAAUAGUUAUUUUUAUGAUUACAAAAUUUGUCCAGGAUAGGCACAGAGCAAGAAGGAAUCGGCUUCAAAAAGAUCAGCUUAAGAAACUUCCGGUACAUAAGUUCAAAAAAGGGGAUGAGUAUGAUGUUUGUGCCAUUUGUCUGGAUGAAUAUGAAGAUGGGGACAAGCUCAGAAUCCUUCCGUGUUCUCAUGCAUACCACUGCAAAUGUGUGGAUCCCCUGGCUGACUAAAACCAGAAAACAUGUCCGGUCUGUAAACCGAAGUGGUUCCUUCACAGGGCGAUCAGAUUCUGAAACAGACAGUAGC